AUGGCAAUGCAGUGGUCAAUUGUAGAUGAUGGCUUUAUUAUCGAAUUUGCAAUUCUUGGCCACCACAAUAACAACAACCGUGGAAAUAUAAGAUCUGGUGAAGAAGAUGUUGAAGUUUAUGUCCUUGAUUCUGUGAACUUAGGUGGCAGCAACAUUCAAAACAAUGGCAGUAGAAGUUUAAGAUCAAGCGAAGAUGGUAUUUUGAUUUUUGAUUCUGUGCAGUACAACUAUGAUUCUUUGAAAAAUCUUGAAAGGUUUAUAAUUGAAGAAAAAACAGAAGAUUCUUGUUGCAUAUGUCUUGAGGAAUUUGCAAUCGGAUCAAGUGCAAUUCGCAUACCCCAUACAUGUUCUCAUAUCUUUCAUCACCACUGCAUCACAGAAUGGCUCGACAUCAAUCACACUUGUCCUUUGUGUCGUAGAAACAUAUAA